UUAGGCCCAUAUAAGUUUUCCGGUACAUCUCUCUCCCCCCGUCUCGCUCCCAGGAGAAAGAAAGAAAGAAGGAAAGCACCGUCAUCCUCAAAGAUGCAGCUCGCCGCACCACACACCAUCUCUCUUCUCAUCCCCUCUCACUCUCCCUCUCGUCUCUCUCCUUCUCAUCAGUCCCUAGUUUUCCCCAGACGAUUACGCUCUCUUUCAUAUUCUUCUCAAACGUCGAUUCUCCCCGAUGCCGGCGAUGAUUUCAUAGUCGGUGACUGUCUCGUCUACGAGGACGGCGUCUUCGAAGACCCUUACCUUCUUCACAAGGAGGUAACCCAGGUUGCUCACCAGGAGCACAAGAAGAAGAAUCGGCGGGUCGGGGAGUCAGAGAUUGAGGCCGAGAACCUCGUGCCGGAGGAAUGGAGGGAUAUCCAGGCGGAAGUGAACCUGACCAAGAAGGACAAACGCAAAAUUGCGCAGGAGCUGGAGUUCGGGGUUCGGGUGGAGAAGAAGAGACAAGGCCUGGUUCCCCUGAGGAGCGUCGACUUGAAUGAGUUUCUGACUUUCAAGGAAGCCAAGUUGGCUCAACUCAGGCCUGUCACUCUCGAUAAACCGGGCACUUUCUCCGACGAUGGAGCCUCAACCGAUGCUCCUUUAACAUCUUCCACCGAGCGAGUUGCUCCUAAGAAUCCUAGAUGGGCUGUCUACGGCAAGGGAUUUGACCACGUUACCAACUUCUUCAAUAGUGACAAGUACGAUCCCACCACUGGCAUUAAAUCUGACGGUAGAGCAGGCCCUCGGAAGCUGCUUUCAAAAGAAGAAAAAUUUAUGCUCAAUAGCCGGAAUCCUGACCUAGCUGUUGCCACCUCCAAAAAAUGGCUUCCUCUUCACACACUGGCAGCGUGCGGAGAGUUUUAUCUGGUUGAUUCCUUGCUAAAGCACAAUCUUGAUAUCAACGCAACCGACGUGGGCGGUUUGACAGCACUUCACCGAGCAAUAAUUGGUAAAAAGCAGGCUGUUACCAACUACCUACUGAGGGAGUCAGCAAACCCAUUUGUUCUUGAUGAUGAAGGUGCGACCUUGAUGCACUACGCUGUGCAAACAGCAUCGGCUCCCACAAUAAAACUUCUCCUACUGUAUAACGCUGAUAUAAACGCUCAAGACAGGGACGGGUGGACUCCCCUGCACGUUGCAGUACAGGCCAGAAGAAGCGACAUUGCAAAGCUUCUUCUGAUAAAAGGGGCGGAUGUAGAAGUGAAGAACAAGGAUGGGUUAACUCCGCUUGGCCUUUGCCUCUACAUGGGAAGAGAGACAAGGACGUAUGAGAUGAUGAAGAUGUUGAAAGAGUUUCCCAGUAGCAGACACAAGAAGAGAUUGGUAUCAAGAGAUGAAUGAAGCUAUAAAACAGCAGUCGUAUUAAUAAUUGCAAAUUGAAUCUCACUCACUUAGGAGAACCGGAGGCAGAUGUGGAAAGGGCAUUGGAACCUAGGAGUCGGACGGAGUAGGUCAACAGAUUGGGUGGGCUUUGUUGUAAAUCUUAUCCAUCAGUUGUUGAUUGAUAUUUUAAUCACACAAGUUGAUCCGUUGUAAAGAAAUAUCUGAAAAUAAAAAUGUACUCGUUAUUAUUAAUAGUUUGUUUGUAACACAAUUCAA